AUGAACUCAGUCUUCCAGCCACCACAUCGUACGGCGAGCCCUUUCCAACCCCCUCCAUUAACACCUUUGAGCUUGAAAGGAUGGGCAGGGGGCAUGCGAGAAAAGGGCAAGCUUCUAAGCAAGGCGCUCGCAGAAGAGAUCAGGCUCCUGCUACCGCCAAGACUACAGUUGGUAGACGAGUGGAGUCUGGCAUACAGCCUAGAGCAGAAUGGCGUCAGUCUAGGGACACUAUACAAACAGUCGGAAGACUAUCGGGGAAAGAGAGGCGGCUUUGUGCUCGUAGUCAAGGACGGCGGCGGAAGUGUCUUCGGCGCAUACCUCUCCGAUGCACCGCACCCCUCCACAUCAUUCUACGGCAACGGCGAAUGCUUCCUUUGGCGUGCGCACAUACUCCACGGUCUCUCCGACCUACAAAUGAACCUCCCACCACCCCCAUCUGAAGACACGACAGAUGCUGUGCGAAUGACAACCAUAUCCUCGCCGAAAAGUAAGGGCGAUUCACUAGCCCCACCACAGAAUGGUCGAGCCACUAAGAGUGGGGCGAGCACGCCGGAGAGGAUAAGAUUUAAAGCAUUUCCAUACAGUGGGGUGAACGAUUACAUGAUCUUUUGCGAGCACAGCUAUCUGAGUGUUGGCGGCGGAGACGGUCACUACGGCUUAUGGCUAGACGACAACCUUGAGAAGGGCGUCUCCGAUACGUGCCCUACGUUUGGCAAUGAGCCAUUGAGCGACGACGGCAAGAAAUUUGAGGUUAUGGGCGUUGAGCUGUGGUAUAUCGGCGUAUGA